AUGGCAGCACUGACAAACGCACCCAUCGCGGGCCGCAAGCGUUUUAAUUACUUCCCGGGCACAUUCGCUACGGAUGGAGUUGUAUACUCGGAUAUCGUGGUUUUCGGACACGCAGCCAUUUCCCCUGAUCACAAGCUCUAUAUGAUUAAGAUGGGCCGUACGGAGCAAGACGUCGUUAGGCUACGCGGUGAUGAUAGUUUUGAUUACCCAGACAAGAUGCUCGUUCGUAACAACGCCAAAACUCCAACAGUUCAAAAGGCACUAUUGGCGCGUUUCAGCGGGAAACCCAACACCUUAACCACCAUUGGAGCACAGCCAGAGGAGAAACCACUUAACACGCCCUCUAAAAUCACACCAGACAAUCCAGUCAAUGCUGGGUCGUCCAAGACGGCAGCUAACCAGAAACUAUUCUCAUUUCCUCCAAAUGAAGAUAAGGAUCCAAAACAGCUGAGUCCCUGGAAAAAGAUUUACAACAACAGUAUUCGUAACAGCCCCAAGGCAGUCAUCCCCACCGAGGAAGUAAAAGUGGACUAG